GUUAAUUGCUUAUAGAAGAGUUGGUCCGAUAAACAACGAUAUUAUAGUUUUUUGGUUAUAUUUGAAUUAUAACAUUGACCAACUGUUGUAUUUAUAUUAUGUAUGUUACAAUUUGUAAAACUGAACCUAAAUAUUGCAUACAUUUUUAAAUCAUAUACAUUCAAUUUUGGAUCACAUAAAAUAAAAACAAUGAAUAAUCCAUUGCACGGUACUGCUCACUUACUAGAUGAACUUGAUAAAAAGCUCAUGGUUCUACUUAGAGAUGGAAGAACAUUGAUUGGAUACUUGAGGAGCGUAGAUCAAUUUGCUAAUUUAGUUCUUCAUCGAACUAUAGAAAGGAUUCAUGUAGGAAAAGAAUAUGGAGAUAUACCUAGAGGAGUAUUUAUAGUUCGCGGCGAAAAUGUAGUCUUAUUAGGGGAAAUAGACCGAGAAAAAGAGAAAAAUUUAAAUCUCAUUGAAGUUUCUGUGGAUGAUAUACUGGAUGCUCAACGAAGGGAGCAGGAAAAUAAGCAAGAUCAACACAAACUGCAGAUGAAAGCUGUAAAAGAAAGAGGAUUACAUCUCGUAAACGAUCUUGGCCAAGAUGAUAUGUUCUGAACGAAUAAAAACUUAUGUUAAGAAAAUUACUUAUAUUUUAUAUUGUGAUACAUUGUCCAAGUUAUGUUUAAAUAUAUAAAGUA